AUCAAUGAUCGAAAUAUUGUAUUUUUUUUCAUCAUUGUUUCAUCAUUGUGCGAGACGAUAUUUAAUCCUAUUUUGUACUAUGUAAUGUAAUAAUAGGUUUAAUCUUUUAAAUUAGAUUUACGACGAAUUGUAUUUCUCCACGAAGCAGGUCUUCCUGAAAAUUACAAUCCAUAUAAACCGAUUUGUGAAUGAGUAAAUAGUCUUUAAGAAAUAAGAAACUUGAAGAAACUUUUCUACAUAAAUAAUUUGAAUGAUAGUGCGUGUGUUUCAAUAAUAAUAGUAAUAAUUAUUAUUAUUAUUAAUGUCGUACAAUUAUUGUUGAAUAAAUUUUUAAUUUUUUCAAAUACAAAUACAAAUUAGUGUUGAUAUUCUAAUUCAACGGAAUUUUUUCCAAUUCCCAAUUUUUUAGAAUUGAAUAUAUUUGAAUAUUUUUCGAUUAAAAAAUUGAUUAUUUUUUCUGUUCUUGUUAUUAUAAAGUUGAAUUUAGCGCGUUUUUUGAAAAAAAAAAAACAAAAAAAAUAACAAGAUGAAAUCGAUUUUGUACAUCUGUCAAUUUUGACAGCAGCUGCAUAACACGUUGGAUAUAGGUUAUGUGUCAUUUGAUCGCCAGCCAUCAGUUUACUUUUUUACCGCGGCUUAAGCGGCUGAAAAAUGGGAUUAAUAGGAGUGAAAUUUGGUACUUUUUUAACAAUAAUAAUUAUAUUAAUAGCGAUAUAUUAUAGAAAUUUUGAUGAUGUACUUCAAAAGAGAUUAGUUGCUGUUUUACAUGGACUAGAAAAAUUAGAAAACCGAUAUGAAAUUACUGAUAGACCAAAAGUGGCAAUAGGUUAUGGAAUUUGCACAGAUGUGUCAGUUAGAGCAAAAAAAUUGCUACGUUAUAAUGAAAAUGUGGGAAAUCCCAUGCACUUUGAUGAAAUUAACACUGAUAUAGAAUUAUACAAGAGUUAUGCUUAUUAUUUUCGUCAUGGAGCUGCUGCCGAACGCUAUAUGGGAAAUAGAAUUCUUUUCGAUGAAUUAGUGGCGAAAGUAAGAAAAAUUUCUACAUCUUAUUCAACAAUUGGAGGUAAUGCAGCAGUAAUGGCACUUCGUUUUCUAAAAGAAGGAUGUGAUGUUAUUUUAGCUGCAAAAAUGACUAAAUCAUUGAAACAAAUGAUGCCACAAUCGAUUAAAAUUGUAGGCGGUGAAGUUGAACGAGACGAUAUACAUUUAAUACUUGAAUAUAAAAGUGGCGAAAUUUGGGGUCCUUUUAAAAGUUCACGGGCUAAUAGAUAUAUUCUUCACAACGAUCAUAAUAAUCCAAUGAUAAGUGCUCUUGAAGAACUUGAUAAAGUACUGCCAGAUUUUAAACCAGAUUUACUUGUAAUUGGUGGUCUUCAAAUGAUGGACAAUUUUCCAUUUGAGGACGGUGUACGUUCUAGUCGAUUGAUGAAAGUUCAUAAACAAAUGAUUAAUCAGCCAAAAUCGACAAAAAUUCAUUUUGAAAUGGCUUCAUUUGUUGAACAGAGUUUAUUGAAUGAACUAUGCAAUAAAGUGAUUCCAUUUGCUGAUAGUUUGGGUAUGAAUGAACAAGAAAUUGGAAAUUUAUACAAUUCUCUAUUAUAUGGAAAUAUAUCGCUAGUCACUGAUUCUACACCUCGUGUGGCAACAAUAUUAGAUCAAAUGAGAAUGCUCUUUAAAUUGAUACGCGUUAAGGGAAAUAAAAUUGAUAAUUCAAGAGAAUUAACGAGAAUUCACGUUCAUACAUUAGCUUAUCAGGCUAUUUUUACAGUUAAAAAUUCUUCAUGGAAAAAUACAGUGGCUGCAGCUGCAAAAGCAUCUCUCACUGCACAUCGACAUGUUUGUGGCUCACAAGAUGUGAAUUUAGAUAAAGCCACUCUUAUUAUGGACGAUAGUUUCUCAACGUCUGCAAAAUCUUCUGGUUCAAGAAUACUUCUUGAUGAAAAUAAGCCUGUCUCCUGUUGGGAUGAAACAUUUAAUAUAAACAAUAAACGUAUUUUUGUCGAAGUUUGCAUAGCACCAGUUUUAGUUUGCACGAAAGCUAGUCAAACAGCAGGUGGUGGGGAUAAUAUUUCAAGUGCAGGAUUAGUCCUUCAAAUUUAAAAAAAAAAAGAAAAAAAAAUAAUAUUUGUCAAUUUAAAGACGAAAUGUUUCGAAAAACGGCUUAAAAAUUACCUUACAAUUAUGAUUAACCGUUUCUUUUAUAUAUAUAAUUGCAUUUACGAAACAUUUUGCAUAAUAUUUUCAUUCCGUUAUCGGCUGUUAUUUUUUAUAUAGGGUAUGUAUGUAAAUGUAGUUGUUGUGAAGCAAAUGCAACGAGCAAAUUUUUGAAAGUAACGAAUUAUGUAGCAAAUAAUUUUUUUUUUCUUUGUCUACAUAAUCAUCGUGCCAUUAUUUCACUGAACAUAUUAUAAAGAUAAUUCUUUUUAAUGAUUGGUGAUUGUCUAAGUCAACGAAUUUCUUUAAUAUUAAAAAAAAAAGACAUUUCUAGAGAAGAAAAAAGACACAUCGUGAUAUUAUCUACGUCGAACAAUGAAAUCAAAAAUAUGAUUGUGAAUAAUUAGAUUUAUAUAAAAUAUAUGUAUAUACGUAAACUAAAUCACACUGUGUCUGAAGAUUUGAUGUUUUGCAAGCAUAAAGUCAAUUGUGUGAUUUUGCAUUUAAUUUUUUGUGCACAUGAACUUUAAUUUUUUUUUUUUUUUU